UAUUUGUCAAUGCUUCUGAAAAGCCCUGUAAAGGGAUAAAGUAAUAAAGUAUGUAUGUAUGUAUAUCUGUACAGAUCAUUAUCUUCUAACAACACUAACGCCAUUAGUGAAGGAGCAUUUGCAGGACUUGCAAAACUACGGGAAUUGAAUCUCCAAGAUAACAUUAUCAAACAGUGGGAAACAACGUUGAUUCACCAUGAAGAGCUACCAAAUCUCGUCAUGUUGAACAUUGCACAAAAUGUUUAUUGGAAGCCAGAUCAACAAAUUCUGUCUCUACCAAACUUAACGACUAUCGAUUUAUUAUUAAUGCACAAGCCAAAGGGUUAUCACUGGCGGCUAUUCAAAUGCUAUCUAGUUAGAAGAAAUAUCAUAAAAACAUUAGAAAAUACAUCUAUCUUUGUGGAAACAAUUUCACCGUCUAUUAAAGAAAACAUUCAUCCAAAUGUCCUAUUAUUAAGACCGAAUGACUGUUGGCAGAAUAAGCUCUUUUUCCGUGAUGUCAGCUACUGGAAUAUCAUCGAUGAAAGUGGCUUUUAUUUUCAUUGCAGGAGGCUUGAACCUUAUCGCGUAGCUAUAGAAUCAACCCUAAACGUMAUUUUUCUCAUAUAAAGGAACAAAACUCAUGGUAU